AUGGCCACAGGGCGCUGCAACUGUGGGAGCAUCAACAUUUCCAUUCCCGCAAUUCCUGAACAGUCGGCUAUAUGCUACUGCGCCAACUGUCGUCGGGCUGGGUCUUGCGCUGGAUCAAUCAUUUUCAUCAUCGAUGGUAAAGAUGUAAAGAUUGAAGAUAAGAAGAAUAGCCUCAAGGAUUACACAGAUGCGGAUACGGUGAGCGGGAAUACCAUCACCCGUCGGUUCUGUAGUAAUUGCGGAUCACCUGUCAUGUCGGUACCAGGUGGAGACAAUCCAACAGUGUACCUCAAAGGAGGGCUUUUCGAUAGAUUACCCCCGCCCACGUUCAAGUCCUUUGAGCAGGAAGAGCCAGAUUGGCUCAGUAUUUUAAAACCUGGCAGUGCCAAUAUGUAA